AUGUCUACCAAGGAAGAAGUAAGGAAGGAGGACGCGACGCAAGUCGAAGACGACGAUGAACCAGAUGAGUGGGACAAGCGAAUCUUUAGCACAGGAUGUGCCGAUGAAAACGCCAAGAUGACAGACUGCUACUUUGAGAAAAAAGACUGGAGAGCAUGUACCGAAGAGCUCGACACCUGCUUCGACUCCCGCAGCAGGCAACCCAACGCCAGCCUCGACCCCAGAGCCCGCACCAGCAGAGGCCAAGCCCGUGCAGACGCCAGCGGCAGAGACCGCAAAAGGACCGAGCGCACAACCAGCAGCUGCGUCAGCGAAGAAGCCAUUGCCACGCCACGGCGUCCGGAGCCCGCAUCUCACGACCAGGCGGAAGGGUCUCCCAACGCAACCCGGGCCUCCCAGUUCGUGUCUGGCACUCCGGCCAAACCAACCGUCUCGACCGAUCUGCCGCCGGAGAUCCGGGCUCCCACGAGUCCCAUGAAGAACACCUACGAGGCCAAGACCGUCACCGUCUCCCACCCCAAGGAGCAUGCGACCAAGUAUGACAUCGACGUACCCUGGGACGCCAGCUUCCACGGCAUCUCCACCCGGCCCGUGACCGCAGGGCAGUUCAAGGUUCUGAUGCGACCUAUCGACGAGGAGGAUAUCGAGGUCAAGCCCGACGGGAUCAUCUACCUCCCCGAGAUCAAAUACAGGCGGCGGCUGAACGAGGCCUUCGGCCCAAUGGGCUGGGGCAUGAUCCCCAAGAGCGACCCCAUAAUCAACGGGCCCAUGGUGACCCGAGAGUAUGCUCUUAUUGUCGAUGGCCGAUUCGUCUCCCAAGCGCAGGGCGAGAACCACUUCUACAACGAGGAAGGUAUACCUUCAGCGGUCGAAGGCUGCAAGUCGAAUGCCCUGAUGCGAUGCUGCAAGGAUCUGGGCAUCGCGUCCGAUCUCUGGGACCCUCGAUUCAUCCGAUCCUUCAAGAAGGAAAAGAUGGAGGAGGUCUGGGUUGAGCACCAAAUCACCAAGAAGAAGCGGACCCUGUGGUUCAAGAAGGGCCAAGUCGAUGUGUUAUAUCCCUUCAAGCGAACUUGA